AUUGGAAGACUUCUUGAAUUUACUGUGUGCACAUAGUUAUAUGUACAGAGUUUUUUCCUGAGUAUUGGAAUACGCUUCCGAAUGUGUUGCAGUUAGCUAUUUGAAACGGAAAGAAUUUGACUGAUACACAGUUAAACAUACAGAAUUUUUGCCUGAUAACUGGACUAUUUUUCUGAAUUCAGUACUGGUAGCUAUGUGAAACGGCAAGGAUUUGACUGAUAAUUGUAGGACUCUAUGGGUUUAUUGUGAGCACAGAGUUAAACAUAUGGCAUUUUAUUCAGAGAAUUGGAGUACUCUGCUGAAUUUAUUGCAGGUAGCUAUCUAAAACUGAAAGAUGAUUGAAGAUACGGUUGAAUUUACUGUGUGCACAUAGUUAAACAUAUAGAAUUUUUGCCGGAUAACCCGACUCCUCUUCUGAGUUUAAUACGGGUAUAUGUAUCUAAAAGCUGAAGAAUCUGACUGAUAAUUGGAGGACUUGGUUGAAUUUAUGUUGUGCACAUAUUUAAACAUACAGAAUUUUCAUCUGAGGAUUGGAGUACUCUUCUGAAUGUAUUGCAGUUAGAUAUCUGAAAUGGAAAGGAUUUGAGUGAUAAUUGGAGGACUUGGUUGAAUUCAUGUUGUGCACAUAGUUAAACAUACUGAAUUUUUUCCCGAGAGUUAGAGUACUCUUCUGCAUUUUAUCCUGGUAGCUAUUUGAAACUGAAAGAAUCCAAUUGAUAAUUGGAGGGCUCAGUUAAAUUUGCAGUGAGAACGUAGUUAAACAUACAGCAUUUUUGCCUGAGAAUUGGAGUACUCUACUGAAUUUAUUGCUGGUACCUAUCUGAAACUGAAAGCAUUUGACAGAUAAUUGGAGGACUCGGUUGAAUUUACCAUGUGCACACAGUUAAACAUACAGAAGAUUUGCCUGAGAAGUGGAGAUAUCUUCUGAAGUUAAUGUUGGUAUGUAUUUGAAAUUGAAAUUAUUUGAAUGAUUAUUAGAGGUUUCAGUUCAAUUGAUUUUGUACACACUGUUAAACAUACAGAAUUUUUGCCUGCGUACUUUACUGAAUCUAUCGCAGGCAGCUAUCUGAAACUGAAAGGAUUUGACUUAGAAUUGGAGAACUUGGUUAUAUUUACUGUGUGCACACAAACAUACAGAAUUUUUGCCUGAGAGUUGGAAUACUCUUCUGAAUUGUUGCAGGUAGCUAUUUGAAACGGAAAGAAUUUGUCUGAUAUUUAGAGGACUCGGAUGAAUUUCCUGUGUGCACACAGUGAAACAUCCAGAAUUUUUGCCUGAUAACUAGACUACUCCUGUGAAUUUAAUGCUGGUAUAUGUCUGAAAGUUACAGAAUUUGGCUGAUAAUUGGAGGACUUGGUUGAAUGUACUUUGUGCACACAGUAUAAAGAUAGAGAGUUCUCGUCAGAGCAUUGGAGUAUUCUUCUGAAUUUAUUGCAGGUAGCUUUCUGAAACUGAAAGGAUUUGACUGAUAAUUGGAGGACGUGGUUGAAUUUACUGUGUGAACACAGUGAAUAUUCUUUUGAGAAUUGGGGUACCAUUCUGAAUUUAUUUCAGGUAGAUAUCUGAAAGGAUUUGACUGACAAUUGAGGAUUCGGUUGAAUUUACUGUUUGCAUACGUUUAAAUUUAGAGAAUUUUUGCCUGAGAAUUUGUUCAUUGUUCUGAAUUUAAUACUGACAGGUACUGGAAAGUGAAAGGAUUUGACUGAUAAUUGGAGGAUUCGGUUGAUUUUACUGUGUGCACACAGUUAAACAUCCAGAAUUUGUGCCUGAUAACUAGACUACUCCUGUGAAUUUAAUGCUGGUAUAUAUCUGAAAGUUACAGAAUUUGGCUGAUAAUGGGAGGGCUUGGUUGAAUGUACUUUGUGCACACAGAAUUCUCGUCUGAGAAUUGGAGUGUUAUUCUGAAUUUGUUACAGACAGCUUUGUGAACCUGAAAGGAUUUGACUGAUAGUUGGAGUUUGUGGCUGAAUUGACGCUGUGCACACAGUGAAAAUUCAGAAUUUCUGUCUGAGAAUUGGAAUACUCUUCUGAAUUUAUUUCAUGUAAAUAUCAGAAUCUGGAAGGAUUAGACUGAUAAUUGGAAGAUUCGUUUGAAUUUACUGUGUGCAUACCUUAAAAAGUACAGAAUUUUUGCCUGGCUCAGAUAGACAAUGUCCUGCAGAAGAUGGAUGCAUCCCCACAGAUGGAGCUGGGUAGCGAGGAUGCUUCACUGCAGGCAGGCUGGAGAGAUGAUUCUGUGGUUCUAAUGGGCCUUUGGCCUUGAGGAGUCUGUUCCCGAUGUCAGUGACACCUUUGUGCCAGGCAGAAGGCAGCUGUGUUGCCCAGGGAGCCCCACCCUGUUCGGCAGUUGCCUGGGGCAGUUGCUUCUGGAGAGCUGCUUUCGCCUGACCAGGCAAGGACUGGGACUGAGGAGGGAGGUGUGAGCAGGUAGCCUACCUCUGCCCAGAGAUGCCAGGAAGGAGGGUACGUGCGACAAGAUGCCAAUGUCUCAACUGGAAGCCAGGGAAGGAAGUAGUGGAGCCAACCCCCUGCCAGGAGAGCAGGGUCAUCAACGUAGAGACUGAACUCGACUUGCCACCUAGGGUAAGCAAUGUAGAGGCAGAAGUCAUCUUGCCACGUAGGUUCAUCAGUGUAGAGACCCAAGUCAGCUUGCCACUAGCUCCCAGCUCGGACACUGCUCCAGAGCAGCCGGUGGCAGAGUGCCACAGAGCCCAGGAAGAUGCAGUUGGCAUUUACUGUGGGACUCUGCUGUCAGCGUGGAGGAUGCAGGCGAAGGCAGGCACAGAGGAAGAUGACAAGGGAGCACUGGAGAUGUCUUUUCAUGUCAACAUGAUGAAUUCUGACUGGGCCCUGAAAAGCUUGGGUGCCACCAUUGACAUGAAGAGAACUUCCCCCACCUACAGGUGCGGAUGGAAGUGGGGCUACAGUCUUUUGCUGAACAGAAGGUGCACUGAGGAUGAGCCUGACACCAUCUUGCAGAUGGAUGUCUCCCAGGGCAAGCGCUGGUGUUUCCCAGGGCAUUCUGGCCACGUUGUCAUCAGGCUGCCAGCCCGAGUCCACCUGACUGCCAUCGCUGUGCAGCACAUCGUUGAGGAAGACUCCUUGUCUGUGGCUGCCAGCAGUGCUCCCAAAGGCCUGGCUGUCUAUGGAUUUGAGGCUGAAAGUGAAGAGGAAACUUGGCUCGGUUCGUUCAUCUAUGAUGUGGCAAAAGAGUCCAUUCAGCCCUUCUCUCUGAAGGUGGAGUGUCCGUGAGCCUCCGUCCUUCCCUGUAAGAACUGCUCUGGCCCGGCUGGGCCAAUCUGGCGCCUCUGCCAGCACUAUUUAGGGGACGGGAAUUUGAAAUGCGAGGCAGGAGCUGUAAGAGUGACACGAGAUGGAGGCGACCACGCGGACCCUUCAGCCAGAGAAGGAGGAAGGAAGGAGAAGCAACAGACCAGAGACCCCUCUGCAAGCCGUGGUGAGAAUGCAGCUGUGCCCCUGCAGCCUAUGGAGAUCCAUGGCAGGACCGAGAGUUACCAGCAGCUCCGUGUGAUUGAGCCCGGACGGGCGAGGGACUGUGUGGUAUAUGCUGGUAUAUGUCUGAAAGUUACAGAAUUUGGCUGAUAAUUGGAGGACUUGGUUGAAUGUACUUUGUGCACACAGUAUAAAGAUAGAGAGUUCUCGUCAGAGCAUUGGAGUAUUCUUCUGAAUUUAUUACAGGUAGCUUUCUGAAACUUGAAGGAUUUGACUGAUAAUUGGAGGACGUGGUUGAAUUUACUGUGUGAACACAGUGAAUAUUCUUUUGAGAAUUGGGGUACCAUUCUGAAUUUAUUUCAGGUAGAUAUCUGAAUGUGAAAGGAUUUGACUGACAAUUGAGGAUUCGGUUGAAUUUACUGUUUGCAUACGUUUAAAUUUAGAGAAUUUUUGCCUGAGAAUUUGUUCAUUGUUCUGAAUUUAAUACUGACAGGUACUGGAAAGUGAAAGGAUUUGACUGAUAAUUGGAGGAUUCGGUUGAUUUUACUGUGUGCACACAGUUAAACAUCCAGAAUUUGUGCCUGAUAACUAGACUACUCCUGUGAAUUUAAUGCUGGUAUAUAUCUGAAAGUUACAGAAUUUGGCUGAUAAUGGGAGGGCUUGGUUGAAUGUACUUUGUGCACACAGAAUUCUCGUCUGAGAAUUGGAGUGUUAUUCUGAAUUUGUUACAGACAGCUUUGUGAACCUGAAAGGAUUUGACUGAUAGUUGGAGUUUGUGGCUGAAUUGACGCUGUGCACACAGUGAAAAUUCAGAAUUUCUGUCUGAGAAUUGGAAUACUCUUCUGAAUUUAUUUCAUGUAAAUAUCAGAAUCUGGAAGGAUUAGACUGAUAAUUGGAAGAUUCGUUUGAAUUUACUGUGUGCAUACCUUAAAAAGUACAGAAUUUUUGCCUGGCUCAGAUAGACAAUGUCCUGCAGAAGAUGGAUGCAUCCCCACAGAUGGAGCUGGGUAGCGAGGAUGCUUCACUGCAGGCAGGCUGGAGAGAUGAUUCUGUGGUUCUAAUGGGCCUUUGGCCUUGAGGAGUCUGUUCCCGAUGUCAGUGACACCUUUGUGCCAGGCAGAAGGCAGCUGUGUUGCCCAGGGAGCCCCACUGUGAGUCACAGUUCUCCGUCCAUGGUGACGAGGGAAGUAGCCCUGUUCAGCAGUUGCCUGGGGCAGUUGCUUCUGGAGAGCUGCUUUCGCCUGACCAGGCAAGGACUGGGACUGAGGAGGGAGGUGUGAGCAGGCAGCCUACCUCUGCCCAGAGAUGCCAGGAAGGAGGGUACGUGCGACAAGAUGCCAAUGUCUCAACUGGAAGCCAGGGAAGGAAGUAGUGGAGCCAACCCCCUGCCAGGAGAGCAGGUACGAGGGGGAGCAGAGAGGGAUGAGGGGAGAAUGGGACUGGGCUGCUGUCGCUUUGGUUCCUCUCCUCCCACUGCAGACCCGUAAAGCUAAGGAUGGGGAAAGGAGACGGGAGAGCCCUGGAAGCAGCCCAGCCUGGAGACAGGGUCUCCAAAUGCUCGCUGCACCCAUCCACAGGGCUCCCCAUCCACUGCGGGUCUGGGUGAUGAUAACUCUGGCCAUUGCUCAUGUAAUUUUCCUUAAUUUCUAUGGUUAACUCUAUGUAGUAAAAGUUAGGAGCACUGCCUUCCUUAUUUUGCU